GGCUGUCUAAGGCUGGGCCAUCAUCGGCUGGGAAAUCGAAAGCUGCGCCAUCUACAGCUGGGCCCGGGCCAUCUACGGCUGUGAAAUCUAAAGCUGGGCCAUCUACGGCUGGGAAAUCUAAGGCUGGGCCGUCAACGGCUGGGCCAUCUGAAGUUGGGCCAUCUGAAGUUGGGCCAUCUGAAGUUGGGCCAUCUGAAGUUGGGCCAUCUACGGCAGGGAAAUCUAAAGCUGGGCCAUCUACGGCUGGGAAACCUAAGGCUGGGCCAUCUACGGAUGGGAAAUCUAAAGCUGGGCCACAUACGGCUGGGAAAUCUAAAGUUGGGCUUGCGAAAAAGCCCUACUUCGGAAGGGCUGUAUUUACUAGAUACAAAACCAACGCGCUUCGGCAGUUUCUUGGUGAUUCGUGGGCCAUAGACGGCUGGGAAAUCUAUAGCUGGGCCGUAGCGCCCAGCCUUAGAUUUUCUUCUCGUUGA